UUGUCAUUGAAGUGAAUUGUAACGUUUAGCUCGUGGCUUUUAGAAACUUGUUGCAGGGACAGCGCAUAAACGGAGGAUUACAAUAAAGGGGCGCAUUAUUGUUUACAGAGGACGCAGUGACGUUGAACAGUGUCAUGUUGUGUGAAUGAGACUGUCAGUAGACUCCCUCUGAUGGCCUGAUGUCGUUCUGUUGUGCCUUAUGAUUGCGACUCUUUGACUGACUGACAGCAGCAUGACGCGCCUGGUGUUUCUCGCGGCCGCGGCGCUUCUUGUGUCCGCUCCGGCGCGCGCCUCUCAGGGGGAUAAAGAGCCCGUGUACCGCGACUGCGUCAAACAUUGCGUCCGGACGAACUGCACGGGGGCCCGGCUGCGAGGCUUCCAGUCAGCCCAGCCUCCCUACAUGGCACUAACAGGCUGGACGUGUCGUGAUGACUGCAAAUAUCAAUGCAUGUGGACUACGGUGGGUCUGUACCAGGCAGAAGGUUACAGUAUACCACAGUUUCAUGGGAAGUGGCCAUUUACACGUUUCCUGUGUUUUGAGGAACCUGCGUCUGCGCUGGCAUCUCUGCUCAACGGUCUGGCCUGUCUGUUGAUGCUGCUGAGAUACCGCAGUGCCGUCCCACGUCAAAGUCCCAUGUACCACACCACCACAGCCUUCUCACUGGUCUCUCUGAAUGCAUGGUUCUGGUCUACGGUGUUCCACACGAGAGACACUUAUCUAACAGAGAAGAUGGACUACUUCUGUGCAUCAGCCGUCAUUCUCUAUUCCAUAUAUUUGUGCUGUGUCAGGACAUUGGGUUUGCGGAGACCUGCCAUUUCCAGUAUGGUGGGAGUUCUGCUUAUUUUGGCUUUCACGUCUCAUGUCUCUUAUCUGACCUUUGUCAGUUUUGAUUAUGGAUACAACAUGGCAGCCAAUGUCACCAUAGGCAUGAUAAACCUGUUGUGGUGGCUGUGCUGGUGUUGGCAGAACCGGAGGAUCUUGCCGUACUGGUGGAAGGGCGGUAUGGUGGUCUUUUUACUCCACGGUCUCGCCCUGCUUGAGCUGCUGGAUUUCCCUCCACUCUUUUGGGUUUUAGACGCUCACGCUGUGUGGCAUCUCAGCACCGUCCCCGUCCACUUUCUUUUCUACAGUUUUCUCAUAGACGACAGCCUUCAUCUUCUAAACACAGAGAAGCCAGGAGUGAAACUGGACUAGGAAGAGAGAGUCUCAGAACCCCAACCCCUCCUCUGAUACCCCUCCCAUCAGGGCAAGAGGGAGUCGAGACUGAGCUGGGUCUCAAUCGUGCCGACUCCCUGCAUGUGUCCCGGUGCAGAAGUUUUGAGUUCUUUCUUUUGUUGUGUUUACAGUGUUUUUUUAUCAUGGAUUUCUUUAUUUUGCACUGUACAGAAAAGGUUGUCUGAUUCUGAAGUUAUGCCACUGUGCUGUAGUUGAAACUCGAUUGAUGUUUGCAUUCACUAAGCUUUGCCUUCGGUAGAGUCGAUUAAUAGAGUAAAUUAGCAUUUCUUUACAUCGUACUAAACUCUCGAAAGGGUGCACAAGUUAACGCCUUCUUUGCCAAUGAACACCUUCACAUAAGUUGUUAAUGUCUCCCAUUUACAGUAUAUCUGUUUGGAGUGCAACAUUUAAAGGGCCUGAAUGAAGUGUGAUUAUAUUCAGAGAUAGACUGGGUAGACUGAGUUUUGGUUUUUAAACAUGUGUUCACCAUAAGUGUGCUGAACAUCGAUACUCAGGAGGGGUUAAGAUUGAGCAAUGUGCUCUGUUUCUGAGACGCGACGGUGAUUUCAUUACGGUGCAGUAGUUGGAAUAACCAGCAGAGAGCGCUGCUGUGUUGUUGUUCCCAAAUUGUGGGAUGUAGGAUUCUUCAUGUUCUCGGUUUUGACCUGUAAUGGAUUUCAAGAUUAUGUGUUGUUGUAGUAGUGCACACCAGGCUUACCAGAAAUUUGAGGGAGAGACUUUAAAUUGUGCCAGGUUAUUUUCUCUGGUUAUCACUUCAUUUAAAGGGAUAGUUCAGCAAACAAUGGAAAUUUGGUUAUCAUUUAUUCACCCUCAUGUUGUUCCAAACCUGUAUGAGUUUCUUUAUUCUGCUGAAAACAAAAGAAGAUAUUUUGAUAAAUGAUGGUAAGCACGGACGACCCAUUGACUUCUAUAGUAUUUUAUCAAAUAUUCAACAGAAUAAAGAAACUAUAGUUACUCAUCAUGAUUUGGCUUACUUCCAUGGAGCACAAAUGAAGACUUAAAGGGAUCCCAGAAAGCAAGCAACCAUUGAAUCAAUGUUAAAAACUGUUGAUUUGUCAAUGUUCAUUGAGCUGAAUUAACAUCACGUUUGCAAUCUCCAUUAUUGUUGAAAUGAUAUAGAAAUUUAAACAAACCGCCAUUAUGGUGACCAAUGUUUGCUUUAGUUUGGCCAUGACAUACAUCUGUUAUUGCAAAGAAAACUAAGAGCUAAUGCAAUCCGGUCAGUUUAAUCGUGGGUUUACCUUAACAAGAAUUUGUCGUGUUAAUGAAAUGUAAUAUUUUAUGAUACAAUGUUGGAUGGUGGCAGUGUUAUGGCUGUUAUAUUCUUAUGAAUUAUAAAAAUACAAUCAAAAAAGCUACUCUACUCAAUCAUGAACUUUGACAUAAUGAAUCAUCGUAUGGAACUCAACAAAGGUGACAAUCAACAGAAGUAAACUUCAAGCUGCAGUGCAUGCUGGGUAUCAACAUAGUACUAAUCUCAUCCAUGAUUUCCAGCAUGCAUUGCAUGUGAUUUUAGGUUUUGUUUGUCAGCAUUUUUCUGCUUUGACAUUUUUUUCUGCUCCCAAUAAUGAAUCUGCAAAGCAGAAAAAUUUUUAUCAGUCACAAAAGGAUCAACUUCAUCCUUUAGAACAGCUAAUAUAAUUUAAUACAAUAUCAUUUCAGCUUGACAUCUAUCAUAAAAUGCAACCAACCACACAUUAACAAUAUUUUUCUUUAUCAAGCAUACAUGCAUUUUUUCUUCAACACAUACAAGCACUGAAAAAUAAUUAACUUAAUAGAAGUUAAGAGUCAUAGCCCAACUAAAGCAAACACUGAUCACCACAAUUGUGGUUUGUUGAAAUCUAACAAUUUUUAAACAAAUGGAGAGUACAAAGAAUUUUUAACAUUCAUUAGAUGGUUUUUGUCUUGUCCCUUGCUAUAUGGGAUAAUUCACGCAAAAAUGACAAUUCUGUCAUCAUUUACUCACCCUCAUGUUGUUACAAACCUGUAUAAAUUUCCUUGUUCGGCUGAACACGAAGAUAUUUGUAAUGAAGCAGGAAACAGAAGCACCAUGGACUAUUUUUAGACUUACAAACCCUGUUCACGUAUGGAGGGGUUGGAAGAAUAUGAGGAUAAAUACAAACUUGAAUAUGUCUACACUAACUCAUCACCACAAAGUUAGUUGUAGCCAUGUGAAUAUAAAAGGCCUGCUUAAAGGGAUAGUUCACCCAAAAACGAAAAUUCUGUCAUCAUUUUCUCACUCUCACGUUGUUAUAAACCUGUAUAAAUGUUUUUGUUCUGAUGAACACGAAGGAAAAUAUUUUGAGAAAUGAUCAGAAGCCCCAUUGACAUCCAUAGUUAGAUUGAAAAAUAUUACUAUGGAGCUUCCUUCGUGUUCAUCAGAACAAAGACAUUUAUACAGGUUUGUAACAACAUAAGAGUGAGUAAAUGAUAACAGAAUUUAAAUUUUUUGGUGAACUAUCCCUUUAAACCGUAUUGACUACAGUAAUGUGUAUUGCACAGCAUGAUACACAACGGCAAAGACUUUUGCUUUGGCAUCUUUGACUGGAAGCUGCUUUUUUUCUCGUUUAUUUUAUGACGCGUUUUAUGUAUAUAGUACAAUCACUUUGUGUUUUAUUUUGUUGAUCUUUUAAUUUAGAUGUUGAGAUCAUUUGACUCUAUUUUCACCAAGAAUGCCUUUCAGAUUACAUAGAUCAGAAUUAGUUUUCCACAGAAGGUAAUGGAAAAGGGAUAAAGAAGGACUUGAAAAAAGUGUGUGCGUGUGGUUGUGUUUGUGUGUGUGAGUGUGUGUAUUUCAUCAUCACCUUUAUGGACAUUUACAGCUGUAUCAACCGGACAGCUUACAGAGAUUUUUUCCCUACCAGCUUCUUGUGUUCUGUCACUUCAUGCCUUAUUUGUUUUAUUUCUUAUCAUUGUUUGUGUUCUGUGAAUAUGUGUCAGCGGUUCAGAUUAAUGAGAAAUACAGCUACUUUCAUCUUUUGCACUCUCAUUCACCAGUGCCAAACUCUUUCUCUGCCUUCUUGCCUCAUUUUUAAACGAAUACGCACCUUUGUGGAUUCUACAGUUAUUGCCAAUGGAGCCGAAACUAUAACGUUUGGCUGCCUGUUGUGUCUUUGUUUCAAACUGUCACUUGUGCACUGCAUGUGUGUGUGUGUGUGUGUGUUUCAGAAGAGGAGUGCAAGCAUGAUAGGCCUGGAGGGUAAAUAUAGACAUUUAAAAGCUAAAAGCGGUAGAGGGGGGGAAGGGGACAUCAAGGGUGUCUGCUAAAAUGAUGGCGGGGCCGUUGACACUCAACAAUACAUCUCAUCUGUCUUUACACUCCAAUCAUACAGUACUAUUUCUAGAGAGUGCCACUAACUACCAUUACUUAUCCUGUUAAUUUACAAGAAUCUUAUGGUUUAAAUACAGUUUUCUUCUUUAAGCCCUGUCACCAGUGCCACCUGUCAGUUACCACAUAGCCUAAGCCUACACAGUAAAACAAGUCAAAUGCAUUGCCAAAAACCCAAUACAGUUAAAAUCGUUCGGCAAAUAUUUAAUUUAAGUUGAUUUCUAUAGCACUUUUCACAGUUUUGCAUUGUUGCAAAGCAGCUUUACAAUAAAUAUGUAUUGACCCUGUCUGUGAAAUCCAGGUUAAAGUCUCACAAUCUAAUUUUGAGAUAAAGAGCAUCAAAGUUUUAUUUCACAUUGAUUUCAGUCUUUCACGUACUUGGUCAUUAUUAAAGAUAUCAGGGUUAUCUUUACAUUAGAUGAGUUUAUGUAGAAAACAUGACUAAAAAUGAAUGACUGGUUUUUCACAGGCUGGUUCACAUAGUAAAGACCAAACAGACACAUGGAAAAAAUAUGAAAAUAUAUAGGCUAUAUGGCAUUACAUUGAAAAUAAUUGCUAUUUUUCAUAUGCAUACUGCUAUAGGUAUGUUUAUCAAAUUGUCAUAAGAUGCAUAUUAGAGAAACUAUAUAUGAAAGAUAUAUAAUAAAUAUUGGGACAUGGAGUUGAUAGGGAAUGAUAGCUUUAACAAGCAUUUGUCUGUAAAAUGUGAUCAUGGACGAGUCAAAAUUAUUUACAUGUAUGGUAAAACGUAAUUGACAAUCAACAGAUGCUGUUAUAGCUUAAUUUUUUUUAAGUGUAACUUUAAAUGAGAACCAAGUUUAAGCAAAAUAAUAUUUAAUAUACCAAAGUGAUAACAAUAGUUAUAUUUUUAAACCUUCCCUUGAAACUGUCACCUUUUGUUAAAGAGUCUUAGCCAUUAGUGGCACCUGGCAGAAUCACAAUUUGUUUGUUUUAGAAACCAAUAAAUAGCUUGAGUUUGAGGAGGGACUGUUGUUUGCCUGAUCCUUUUGUAAAAGCAUAGCAUUGGGUAUAUUUUGUUUCUUUUGAGAAUUCAUUAAGUGAAAAUCUCCCUUUGAUUGAUUAUACUGUAAAAUAACCUGCAUGUUGAAUGUAAACUUGACCUUUUCUCAUGGUUUUGAAAUAAAGGGACAUUUGCGAGGGACUUGCUGUAUGGCUGUACUGGUCAUUGGCGGUUUUCUGUAAAACAUUCAUUAGUAUUUUUUUACUAACACUAUUGUCUGUAUGUAAUGUACUUUAGGAAAAACACCAGAUGUGGUUGCUGGGUAAUUGUUAAUCUCCCAAAGGUCCUACUAAUCUCUUUUCCUUUGGCCACUUUGACUGGAGCCGAUUCAAACCUGACAAACAUUGACUUGCUCUGUACAUCUCCCUUACUUUCCCUUUCUGUCUGUCUGUCUGUCUCUCUCUCUCUCUCUCUCUCUCUCUCUCUCUAGCUCUUUUUCUUUUUAUGGCGUUAAGCUGCACCUUUCUCUCCCAGUUGUGGUGUUAAGCUGCACUUUUCUCUCCCAGUUGUACACAGUCAUGUAUAAAGAAACCUUAAUGAAAAUUAAUAAAAUUGUUCUCUAUUAAUUUCUUUA